CUUGUCGCAAAAGCAAAUGAAGUACUCCUUUGCGAUACAACAGAGAACGGAGUCGUGGACUAUUUUGAUUUGUUGUGUGUUAACCGUCGGAUAUAUCCUAAUGGAAGGAGAAAUCAAGACUGUGCAUAUUUCAGUCUGAUAAAGGUGAAUCAUGCCCCUGGAUAGAAGAGCAGCCUUCCAGUUUGGCCUAAUUCUACUGGCAGUACCAGCACAGUAUCUGAUCACAAAAUGGAUGACUUCUAAUCAGGUGCAGAGGAAUGUGGCACUCAGAAGCAUCUUAAACAGUGCAGUGACUUUCCAUGAAAAGUAUUUUACUUGGAAAUCUUGGCAAAAAUGGUGCUUUGAUGUGAUAUCUAAGGUGCAUCUUCAUUCCAAACCCAGCUAUGGGGAGUCAGAUGCACCAGAUGGGGAGUCGCCGGCAGUGGAAGUCAUGAAACAUGAUCAACCUGAUGGAUACUUCGCAGGUUCCCCUCAUCCGCGUGUUUCAAGGCAAGAAAAUGUGAAAUAUAGAGUUGGACAAGUUAUACGACAUAAAAUACAUGGAUAUCGAGGUGUCAUUGUUGGCUGGGAUCCUAAAGCUAAGGCCCCAGAAUCCUGGCUACAGCAGAUGCACCCAAAAGAUAAAAAGCAUUGGAGAGACAUGCCAAACUAUGCAAUCUUAGUAGAUACGAGAGAUCGUGAGAUGCCACAAGUCACAUAUGUGCCUCAAGAAAAUAUAGAAAUACUGUCCAAUACCAAAGUCCUGCAUCCUGGAAUAGACGAGUAUUUUGAGGGAUUUGAUGGUGCCCAGUAUUUGCCACGCCCGCACCUACGCGCCCUCUAUCCUCAUGACUAAACACCACUUGAUAUCAGUCAUUCAUCUUGGAGAGAAGUCAUCGGUUGCAGAAAGACAAUGAUCAGGAAAUAGUUCAGACUUACACUACAAACGGACAACUCUUUCCUGCUGGCAUUUGUCAAGAUUUGAAUUACAAGUCUCAAGUAUCUGUCAUCUGUUAUCAAUUUAACCAGGUACGCCACAUCUGAAAGGUGUGCGUGACUUGAUAUAUAGAUAUUUUGACGGGUUCUUCAUUUAGUUGUAUUCUGGUAAUUUGACUGCAAGACAAGUGCAUUUCAGCAGAACUGAAACUACUACUGCUGCACUGCCAAACUGUGAUAUCUUUUCUCAAAGAGUUCUAUUUAUUUGUGAUUAAGUACAGGUCAGUGUAUAUUUGUAUAGUAUGCGACGGAUUGUUUUGCACAAGGACAUGUAUAUACACUGAAUUGGCUGUUACUUUUGGGAUCUCGCUUGUAAUUCACAGCUACAGACCAAUUAAAAUAAACAAGAUAAAAAUUCUAA